CUCCUGCUCCUCCGGGCCGGGACACACCUACUUCAACUUUCUCAGCAGCCUCUAGGGCUGGGGCUGCGCUGAGCGAGCGCCUUCCUGCUCCACCGCUCCAGCUCCCGAGCGUUUGCCGGCGGCGCAGGGCUCCACCCCGGCCGCCCACUCCGCUCGGGGCGCCCUCCCCUGCCCCAAGGCUCCAGGAGUUCUUUUCACCAUGACCAUUGUCGCCCUGGGUCUGGCCACGUUGCUGCUCUGUUGUGUGACCUGUGAGAAGCUUCUAGAAGGAACAGACUCCUCCUCCGUGUGGCACUUUACACACUCCCUUUACAAUGCCACCAUCUAUGAAAACUCUGCCCCCAAGACCUACGUGGAGAGCACCGUGAAGAUGGGCAUGUACCUCGCAGAGCCGCAGUGGGCAGUGCGCUACCGGAUCAUCUCUGGGGAUGUGGUCAAUGUCUUUAAAACCGAGGAAUACGUGGUGGGGAACUUCUGCUUCCUGAGGAUAAGGACAAAGAGCAGCAACACGGCGCUUCUGAACAGGGAGGUUCGAGACAGCUACACCCUCAUCAUCCAAGCCACAGAGAAGACCUUGGAGUUGGAAGCCCUGACCCGCGUGGUGGUCCGCAUCCUGGACCAGAAUGACCUGAAGCCUCUCUUCUCCCCACCUUCCUACCGAGUCACCAUCUCUGAAGACAUGCCUCUGAAAAGCCCCAUCUGCAAAGUGACUGCCACAGACGCUGACCUGGGCCAGAACGCCGGGCUCUAUUACACUUUUAACACAAGGUCCAAGAUCUUUGCCGUCCAUCCCACCAGCGGUGUGGUCACGGUAGCUGGGAAGCUCAACGUCACCUGGCGAGGGAAGUAUGAGCUCCAGGUGCUGGCUGUGGACCGCAUGCGAAAAAUCUCUGAGGGCAAUGGCUUUGGCAACGUGGCGGCCCUCACAAUCCACGUGGAGCCCGCACCCAGAAAGCCCCCGGCCAUUGCCUCGGUGGUAGUAGACGGUAAUGAAGGCACCACAUACGCCACGGUGAUGGUACAUGCCAACGGCUCACCGGCAGAUGUAGACUUGCUGGAGGUCGUUGGUGGUGACCCUGGAAAGCAUUUCAAAGCCAUCAGGUCCUACGCCCGGAGCAGUGAGUUCAGUCUGGUGUCCAUCAAAGACAUCAACUGGCUGGAACAUCUUCAUGGCUUCAACCUCAGCCUCCAGGCCAGCAGUGGGAAUAGACCUUCCUUCCACUCCCAGAUCAGGGGCUUUCACCUGCCACCUUCCAGGCUGGCUUCGCUCAAGUUUGAGCAGCCCGUUUACAGAGUUCGGCUUAGUGAGUUUUCCCCUCCUGGCAGUCGUGUGGUGCUGGUGACAGUCACGCCGGCUGUGCCCAACCUGCAGUAUGUCCUGAAGCCAUCCCCUGAGAGCACAGCGUUUAAACUUCAUACGCGCACCGGCUUGAUCACCACUGCGAAGCUCAUGGACUUCCGUGACCAAGCCCACUACCAACUUCACGUCAGAACCUCACCAGGCCUGGCCUCCACCACGGUGCUGAUUGACAUCGUGGACUGCAACAACCAUGCUCCCAUCUUUCACAGGUCUUCCUACGAGGGCACUGUGGACGAGAACAUCCCUCCGGGCACGAGUGUCCUAACUGUGACUGCCACAGACUGGGAUCUCGGGGAGAAUGGCUACGUCACCUACUCCAUCACUGGCCCCAAGGCUGUGCCAUUUUCUAUUGACCCAUUUUUGGGGGUCAUCUCCACCUCCAAACCCAUGGACUAUGAGCUCAUGAGAAGAAUUUAUACCUUCCGAGUACGGGCAUCAGACUGGGGAGCCCCUUUUCGCCAGGAGAAGGAAGUGUCCGUUUCUCUUAGGCUCAAGAAUUUGAAUGACAACUGGCCGAUGUUUGAGGAAGUCAAUUGCACCACGUCUGUUCGCCAAGACUGGCCAGUGGGGAAGUCAGUGAUGACGUUCUCAGCCAUAGACGUGGAUGAGCUUCAGAACCUGAAGUAUGAGAUCGUGUCAGGCAAUGAACUAGAGUAUUUUGAUCUAAAUCAUUUCUCAGGGGUGAUAUCCCUCAAACGCUCUCUCACAAAUCUUAGUCCUGGUCAACCCACUAACUAUUCUCUAAAAAUCACAGCCUCGGAUGGCCAAAACUAUGCCUUGCCCACAACACUGAAUGUCACUGUGGUGAAAGACCCUCGUUUUGAGCUUCCUGUCACAUGUGAUAAAACGGGGGUACUGACGCAUUUCACCAAGACGGUCCUCCACUCUAUUGGGCUCCAGGACCAGGAGUCCAGUGAUGAGGAAUUCACUUCUCUUUCCACAUAUCAGAUCAAUCAUCAUGCCCCCCAGUUUGCAGACCACUUCCCCCAGUCCAUUGACGUCCUUGAGCAUGUCCCCAUCGAUACCUCCUUGGCCCGCCUGGCAGCCACUGACCCCGAUGCUGGCUUUAAUGGCAAGCUGGUCUAUGUGAUCGCCGAUGGUAAUGAGGCGGGCUGCUUUGACAUCGAGCUGGAGACGGGGCUGCUCACUGUGGCUGCUCCCUUGGAUUAUGAAACCACCAGUUUCUACCUCCUCAAUGUAACAGUGUAUGACCUGGGGACUCCCCAGCUGUCCUCCUGGAAGCUGCUAACAGUGAAUGUGAAAGACUGGAAUGACAAUGCCCCCAGAUUCCCUCCUGGUGGGUACCAGCUAACCAUCUCGGAGGACACAGAGGUGGGAACCACCAUUGCAGAGUUAAAAACAAAAGAUGCAGAUUCAGAAGACAACGGGAGGGUUCGCUACACCUUGCUAAGUCCCACGGAGAAGUUCUCCCUUCACCCUCUCACUGGGGAACUUGUUGUCACAGGACCUCUGGACCGGGAAUCAGAACCUCGGUAUGUACUCAAGGUAGAGGCCAGGGAUCAGCCCAAGAAGGGCCACCAGCUCUUCUCUGUCACAGACUUGAUAAUCACAUUAGAAGAUGCCAAUGAUAACUCUCCCCAGUGCAUCACAGAACUCAGCAGCCUGAGGGUGCCAGAGGACCUGCCCCCAGGGACUACCCUGACCUUCCUGGAUGCCUACGAUCCUGACCUGGGUCCUGCGGGCGAAGUGCAAUACGUCUUGUCCGAUGACCUCCAUGGAACCUUCCAGGUGGAUUCAGGGACUGGGGCUCUGAGUCUGGAGAAAGAGUUGGACUUUGAGAGGCGGGCUGGGUACAACCUGAGCCUGUGGGUCAGUGACAGUGGGAGGCCCCUGCCGCGCAGGACCCUCUGCCGAGUGGAGGUGAUAGUCUUGGACGUGAAUGAGAAUCUCCACCCUCCUCGCUUUGCCUCCUUUGUGUACCAGGGCCAGGUGCAGGAGGACAGCCCCCCAGGCACGCAGGUGAUGCAAGUGACAGCCCACGAUGAUGACAGCGGCUUGGACGGGGAGCUCCAGUACUUCCUCCGGGCCGGCACCAGCCUUGCAGCUUUCAGUAUCGACCCAGACACAGGAAUGAUUCAGACUCAGGCAGCUCUGGACCGAGAAUCCAUACCCUACUACUGGUUGACUGUACUGGCCGUCGACAGGGGUUCUGUGCCCCUCUCGUCUGUCACGGAAGUCUACAUUGAGAUUAUGGAUGUCAACGACAACCCACCCCGGAUGUCCAGACCUGUGUUCUACCCCUGCAUCCGGGAGGAUGCACCCCUGGGUACUUCUGUGCUUCAGCUGGAUGCCUGGGACCCAGACUCCAGCUCCAGAGGGAAGCUGACCUUCAACAUCACCAGUGGGAACCACAUGGGCAUGUUCGUUAUCCAUCCUGUCACAGGUCUCCUUUCCACGGCCCGGCAGCUGGACCGAGAGAGCAAGGAUGAGCAUAUCCUGGAGGUGACCGUGCUGGACAACGGGGAGCCGUCCCUGAAGUCCACCUCCAGGGUGGUGGUGUGCAUCUUGGACAUCAAUGACAACGCACCUGUGUUCUCCCACAAGCUCUUCAGUGUCCGCCUCCCAGAAAGGCCAAGCCCAGUGUCCCCUGGGGCUGUGUACAGGCUGGUAGCUUCAGACCCAGACGACGGUCUCAAUGGCAGCAUCACCUACAGCAUUGAGGAGAGUGAUGAGGAAGGCUUCAGUAUCGAUCCGGUUACAGGUGUGGUGUCAUCCAGCAGCACCUUCACGGCGGGGAAGUACAACAUCCUAACGAUCAAGGCGACAGACAGCGGGCAGCCACCGCUCUCCACCAGCGUGCGGCUCCACGUGGAAUGGAUCCCCCAGCCUCGGCCAUCCUCCAUACCGCUGGCCUUCGACGAGAUGCCCUACAGCUUUACAGUCAUGGAGACAGACCCCGUGAACCACAUGGUGGGGGUCCUUAGUGUUGAGGGCCGACCCGGCCUCUUCUGGUUCCACAUCACAGGUGGGGACAAGGACAUGGACUUUGACAUUGAGAAGACCACCGGCAGCAUUGUCAUUGCCAGGCCCCUUGAUACGAGGACAGGGUCCAGCUACAACUUGACCGUGGAGGUGACCGAUGGCUUCCACACCAUUGCCACUCAGGUCUACAUCUUCCUGAUUGCCAACGUGAACCGCCACCGGCCUCAGUUUCUGGAGGCUCAUUACGAGGUCAGCGUCCCCCAGGAUACCCUCCCUGGGGUCGAGCUCCUUCGAGUCCAGGCCACAGAUCAAGACAAGGGCAAAGGCCUCAUCUAUACCAUACAGGGCAGCCAGGACCCAGGGAGUGCCAGCCUCUUCCAGCUGGACCCGAGCACUGGUAUCCUGGUGACGGUGGGGAAGCUGGACCUGGGCUCAGGGCCCUCCCAGCACACGCUGACGGUUAUGGUCCGAGACCAAGAGAUGCCCAUCAAGAGGAACUUUGUGUGGGUGACCAUUCGUGUGAAGGAUGGAAACCUCCACCCACCACGCUUCACCCAGCUCCAUUACGAGGCAAGAGUUCCUGACACCAUCGUGCCCGGCUCAGAGGUGCUUCAGGUCCGAGCUGUGGAUGCUGAUCGGGGAGCCAAUGCUGAGGUCCACUAUUCCCUCCUGAAAGGGAACAGUGAGGAUUUAUUCAACAUCGACAUCCUGCAAGGCAUCAUCACUGUAGCCCAGAAACUCAAUCAGGCAAAUCACAUCCAGCACACUUUGAUAGUGAAGGCAGAAGAUCAGGGCUCCCCGCGGAGGCAUGACCUGGCUACCGUGGUCGUUCACGUCUGUCCCUCAGACAGCAGUGUCCCCAUGUUUUCGAGCACUGAGUACUUUGUGGAAGUCCCAGAAUCAAUCCCGAUUGGCUCUCCAAUCUUCCUGGUCUCUGCCACAACACGCUCUGAAGUUACCUACGAGUUAAGAGAGGGAAACAAGGAUGGCGUAUUCUCCAUGAACUCAUAUUCUGGCCUCAUUUCCACCCAGAAGAACUUAGACCAUGAGAAAAUCUCCUCUUACCAGCUGAAAAUCCGAGGCAGCAAUAUGGCGGGUGCAUUUACUGACAUCAUAGUGCUCGUUUACAUCAUUGAUGAAAAUGACAAUGCACCCAUGUUCUUAAAUUCAACCUUUGUGGGCCAAAUUAGUGAAGCAGCUCCAUUGUACAGCAUGAUCAUGGAUGAAGACCACAAUCCCUUUGUGAUUCGUGCCUCUGACAAGGACAAGGAAGCUAAUUCCUUGUUGGUCUAUAAAAUUUUGGAUCCAGAGGCCUCAAAGUUUUUCAAAAUAGAUCCUAGUAUGGGAACCCUAGUCAUUAUAUCUGAGAUGGAUUAUGAGAGCAGGCCCCUCUUCCAGUUCAAUGUCGAUGUCCAUGACCAAGGGAGCCCCAUCUUAUUUGCACCCAAGCCUGCCAAGGUCAUCAUCUAUGUCAGAAAUGUGAAUGACUGUCCUCCCAGGUUCGCAGAGCAGAUAUAUGAAGUAGCAGUCGUGGGACCCGUUCAUUUUGGGAUGGAGCUCCUCACCGUGCGGGCCAGUGACGAUGACUCAGAAGUCACCUAUAGCAUCAAAAUUGGCAAUGCUGACGAAGCUGUUGCCAUUCAUCCAGUCACCGGCUGCAUAUCUGUGCUGAAUCCAGCUAUUCUGGGACUCUCUCGGAAGCUCACCAUUAGUGCUUCUGAUGGCCUGUAUCAAGAUACUGCAUUGGUAAAAAUUUCUCUGACCCAAGUCCUUGACAAAAGUUUGCGGUUUGAUCAGGAUGUCUAUAGGGCAGCAGUGAAGGAGAAUUUGCAGGACAGAAAGGCACUGGUGAUCCUCGGUGUCCAGGGCAGUCAUCUGAACGAUGCCCUUUCCUACUUCCUCUUAAAUGGCACCGAUCUGUUUCACGUGGCCAAGUCGGCAGGUGUGUUGCAAACAAGAGGAGUGGCCUUUGACCGAGAGCAGCAGGACAUCCACGAGGUGGUGGUGGAAGUAAGGGAUGAUCGGGCUCCUCAGCGGGUGGCUCAGGCUCUGGUCAGAGUCUCUGUUGAGGACAUCAAUGACAACCCUCCUGAGUUUCACCAUCUGCCCUAUUACACAAUCAUUCAAGAUGGCACAGAGCCAGGGGAUGUCCUCUUUCAGGUGUCUGCCACUGACAAGGACUUGGGGGCAAAUGGGACAGUCACGUAUGCAUUUACAGAAGAUUACACAUAUUUCCGAAUUGACCCCUAUGUUGGGGACAUAUCACUCAAGAAACCCUUUGAUUAUCAAGCUUUAAAUAAAUAUCGCCUCAAAGUCAUUGCUCGGGAUGGAGGAACUCCACCCCUCCAGACUGAGGCAGAAGUACUUGUCACUGUGAGAAAUAAAUCCAACCCACUGUUUCAGAGUCCUUAUUACAAAGUCAGAGUCCCUGAAAACAUCGCACUCUAUACCCCCAUUCUCCACACCCAGGCCCGGAGUCCUGAGGGACUCAGGCUCAUCUACAACAUUGUGGAGGAGGAGUCACUGAUGCUCUUCACCACUGACUUUAAGACUGGUGUCCUCACAGUGACAGGACCUCUGGACUAUGAGUCGAAGACCAAACAUGUGUUCACAGUCAGAGCCACGGACACAGCUCUAGGGUCGUUUUCUGAAGCUACAGUGGAAGUCUUGGUAGAGGACGUCAAUGAUAACCCUCCAACAUUUUCCCAGUUGGUGUACACCACUUCGGUCUCAGAAGGUUUGCCUGCUCACACCCCCGUGAUCCAGCUCUUGGCUUCUGACCAGGACUCGGGACAGAACCGUGAUGUCUCCUAUCAGAUCGUGGAGGACGGCUCAGAUGUUUCCACAUUCUUCCAGAUCAAUGGAAGCACAGGGGAGAUAUUCACACUUCAAGAACUGGAUUACGAAGCCCAGCAACACUUUCAUGUGAAAGUCCGGGCCAUGGACAGAGGAGAUCCUCCACUCACUGGUGAGACCCUUGUGGUUGUCAAUGUGUCCGACGUCAACGACAACCCCCCAGAGUUCAGACAACCUCAGUAUGAGGCCAGUGUCAGCGAGCUAGCCACCUGUGGACACCUGGUUCUUAAAGUCCAAGCUCUUGACCCAGACAGCAGAGAGGCCACCCGCUUGGAGUACCUGAUUCUUUCGGGCAAUCAGGACCGGCACUUCUCCAUUAACAGAUCAUCGGGUGUAAUUUCUAUGUUCAACCUUUGCAAAAAGCAACUGGACUCCUCUUCUUACAGUUUGAGGGUAGGUGCUUCAGAUGGGAUCUUCCGAGCAACGGUGCCCGUGUACAUCAACACCACAAACGCCAACAAGUAUAGCCCAGCAUUCCAGCAGCACAUUUAUGAGGCAGAAUUAGCAGAGAAUGCCAAGGAAGGAACGAAGGUGAUUGAGUUGCUAGCCAUAGAUAAAGAUAGUGGUCCCUAUGGCACUGUAGAGUAUACUAUCAUUAAUAAGCUGGCUGGUGAAAAGUUCUCCAUAAAUCCCAGUGGCCAGAUCACCACACUGCAAAAGCUGGACCGGGAAAAUUCAACAGAAAGAGUCAUUGCUAUUAAGGUCAUGGCUCGGGAUGGAGGAGGAAAAGUGGCCUUCUGCACUGUAAAGAUCAUCCUCACGGAUGAAAAUGAUAAUGCUCCACAGUUCAAAGCAUCGAGGUACACUCUGUCCAUCCCAUCAAAUGUCAGCAAAGACUUCCCGGUUAUCCAGGUGCUGGCUUACGAUGCAGACGAAGGUCAGAAUGCAGAUGUCACCUACUCAGUAGACCCGAUGGAGGAGCUGGCUGAUGAGCUCAUUGAUGUCAAUGAGAUCACUGGUGUGGUCAAGGUGAAAGAGAGCCUGGUAGGAUUGGAAAACAAGACCCUUCGCUUCAAAGUCAAAGCCCAAGAUGGCGGGCCUCCUCAUUGGGAUUCUCAGGUGCCAGUCCAGCUUCAGGUUGUCUCUAAUGAAGUUUCCUUGCCCAAAUUUUCUGAACCUCUGUAUACAUUCCCUGCAUCUGAAGACCUUCCAGUGGGGUCUGAAAUUGGGGUUGUAAAAGCAGCUGCAGCUCAAGAUCCAGUCAUCUACAGUCUUGUGCAGGGCACAACACCAGAGAGCAAUAGGGACAGUGUCUUCUCCUUGGACCAAGACACAGGAGUCCUAAAAGUGAGGAAGGCUUUGGACCAUGAGUCCACCAAAUGGUACCAGAUUGAUCUGAUGGCACACUGUCCCUAUGAGGAUACAGAGCUGGUGGCCUUGGUCUCUGUCCACAUCCAAGUGAAAGAUGUCAAUGAUAACAGGCCAAUAUUUGAGGCAGAUCCCUAUAAAGCUUUCCUCACUGAGAAUAUGCCAGGGGGGACUACAGUCAUUCAAGUGACUGCCAAUGAUGAGGACACUGGGAAUGAUGGCCAAGUGAGCUAUCGGCUGUCCAUGGAGCAAGGUAGCAAUGUUCAUGAGCUCUUUGCCAUUGACAGUGAAACUGGCUGGAUCACCACUCUCAAGGAACUUGACUGUGAGACUUACCAAACCUAUCGUUUUCAUGUGGUGGCCUAUGACCAUGGGCAGACCAUCCAGCUGGCCUCUCGGGCCCUGGUUGAGGUCUCCGUCAUAGAUGAAAACGACAAUGCUCCUCAGUUCGUUUCUGAAGACUACACAGGAUCUGUGGUGGAGAACAGUGAGCCCGGUGAGCUUGUGGCCACUCUGAAGAUCCUGGAUGCUGACAUCUCUGAGCAGAACAGACAGGUCACCUGCUACAUCACAGAGGGAGACCCCCUGGGCCAGUUUGGCAUCCACCAAGCUGGGGAUGAAUGGAGGAUCUCCUCAAGAAAGACCUUGGACCGAGAGCACACCGCCAAGUACUUGCUCAGAAUCACAGCAUCCGAUGGCAAAUUCCAGACUUCAGUCCCUGUAGAGAUCUCUGUCCUGGACGUCAAUGAUAACAGCCCUCAGUGCACACAGCUUCUCUACAUCAGCAGAGUGUGUGAAGAUGUGUCCCCAGGAGCCUUCAUUCUGAAAGUUUCCGCCACAGACUCGGACGCUGAUACCAAUGCCCAGAUCAUGUAUUCCCUGCAUGGCCCUGGGGCACAUGAAUUCAAGCUGGACCCUCACACAGGGGAGCUGACCACACUCACAGCCCUAGACCGCGAAAGGAAGGACAUGUACAGCUUUGUUGCUAAGGCGACAGAUGGAGGUGGCCGAUCCUGCCAGGCGGAUGUGACCGUCCACGUGGAAGAUGUGAAUGACAACGCGCCAAGGUUCUUCCCGAGCCACUGCACCGUGGCUGUCUUCGACAACACCACAGUGAAGACCCCUGUGGCUGUGGUGUUUGCCAGGGACCCUGACCAAGGUGCCAACGCUCAGGUGGCUUACUCUCUGGCCGAUUCCGCCGGAGGCCAGUUUUCCAUCGACCCCGCCACCGGCGUGAUCCGGCUGGAGAAGCCCCUGCAGGCGAGGCCUGGGGCGGUGCUGGAGCUCACGGUGCGCGCCUCGGACCUGGGCGCCCCGAUGCCGCUGUCCACGCUGGGCACCGUCGCGGUCUCCGUGGUGGGCCUGGAAGACUACCUGCCGGUGUUCCUCGCCGCAGAGCACGGCCUGCAGGUGCGCGAGGACGCCCCGCCCGGCGCCCAGGUGUUGUCGCUGGCCGCCCUCGCCCGCCCCGGGGCCCAGAAGACGGGCUACCGCAUCGUGGGCGGGAACGAGCAGGGCCGCUUCCGCCUGGACGCCCGCACAGGGAUCCUGUAUGUCAACAGGAGCCUGGACUUUGAGACAAGUCCCAAGUACUUCCUGUCCAUCGAGUGCAGCCGGAAGGCCUCUUCCUCCCUCAGUGACGUGACCACAGUUGUGGUCAACAUCACUGAUGUCAACGAGCACCGCCCCCAGUUCCCCAAGGACCUGUACAGCACGAGGGUCCUAGAGAAUGCCAUCGUGGGUGAUGUCAUCCUCACAGUGACAGCGACUGACGAGGAUGGACCCCUAAACAGCGCCAUCACCUAUAGCCUCGUAGGAGGGAAUCAGCUUGGGCACUUCGCCGUCCACCCCGAGAAGGGGGCGCUGCAGGUGGCCAAGGCUCUGGACUGGGAACAGACACCCAGCUAUUCCCUGAAGCUGCGGGCCACUGACAGUGGGCAGCCCCCGCUGCAUGCAGACGCAGACGUCGAUGUCCAGGUGCUCGACAUCAACGACAACCCACCACGGUUCUUCCAGCUCAACUACAGCACUGCCGUCCAGGAGAACUCCGCCAUCGGCAGUAAGGUCCUGCAGCUGAUCCUGAGCGACCCCGACUCCCCGGAGAAUGGCCCCCCCUACUCAUUCAGAAUCACUAAGGGCAACGAUGGCUCCACCUUCCGAGUGACUCCAGAAGGGUGCCUGGUGACGGCCGCGGGCCUGAGAAGGAGGGCUCAGGAGGAGUACCAGCUGCAGAUCGAGGUGUCAGACAGCGGCAUCCCUCCCCUCUCGUCCUCCACAUGGAUCAGCGUCCACGUCCUGGAGCAGAGCCACUACCCACCUUCCGCUCUCCCUCUGGAGAUCUUUAUCACCGUCGGGGAGGAAGAGUUCCAGGGUGGCAUGGUGGGUAAAAUCCAUGCCACGGACAGAGACCCCCAGGACACCCUGACCUACAGCCUGGCAGGAGAGGCCUCCCUGGGCAGGAGCUUCUCAGUAGGUGCAGCCGAUGGCAAGAUUAUCGCCACCCCGGGGCUGCCCCGUGGCCGCUAUCUGUUCAAUGUCACUGUCAGUGAUGGGACCUUCUCGACCACCGCGGGCGUCCACGUGCAUGUGUGGCAUGUGGGGCAGGAGGCCCUGCAGCAGGCCCUGUGGAUGGGCUUCUACCAGCUCACGCCAGAGGAGCUGGUGAGCGACCACUGGCGGAACCUGCAGCGGUUCCUUAGCAACAAGCUGAAUGUCAGGCGGGCCAACAUCCACCUGGCCAGCCUUCAGCCCUCGGAGGCCGUGGCUGGGGUGGACGUGCUCUUCGUCUUUGAGGGGCAUUCCGGAACCUUCUAUAACCUCCAGGAGCUGGCAUCCGUCCUCACUCACUCAGCCAAGGAGAUAGAACACUCGGUGGGAAUUCAGAUGAGAUCAGCCGUGCCUGUGGUGCCCUGCCAGGGACCAAGCUGCCAGGCUCAGCCCUGCCAAGAGACAGUGCACCUGGACCCCAAGGUUGGGCCCACGUACAGCACAGCUAGGCUCAGCAUCCUCACGCCGAGGCACCGCCUGGAGAGGAACUGCGUCUGCAAUGAUACUGCCACAAGGUUCUCGGGUCAGAGCUACGUGCAGUACAGACCCAUAGCGGGGCAGCACUGGCACAUCCAUUUCUACCUGAAAACUCUCCAGCCGCACGCCGUGCUCCUGUUCACCAACGAGAUUUCCCUGAAGCUGGCCCAUGGAGUGCCCUGGCUGGAAUACCACUGUGCAGGUGGUUUCUAUGGAAACCUCUCCUCCCAGCGCCAUGUGAAUGACCACGAGUGGCACUCCAUCCUGGUGGCGGAGACAGAAACUUCCCUUCGCCUGUCGGUCGACAGCAUAGGCAACAUCUCCCUUGUUGUCCCGGACACGUGCCAGGCUCUGAGGCCUGAAAGACACCUCGUGCUGGGUGCCCUUGUCCUCUCUCGUUCUUCCUUGAACAUUUCCCAGGGCUUUGAGGGCUGCCUGGAUGCUGUUGUGGUCAACGGGGAGGGACUAGAGCUGCUGGGCCAUGGCAGGAAGACAGCAGGCUUACUGGACAGAUGGGCCCUGAGCCGAUGCUGUCUGCCCGGAGACCCCUGCAGCCAGAACCCUUGCCUCAACGGUGGGGAGUGCUCACAGACCCUCAGCACAGGCUAUAUCUGCAAGUGUCCCCCGCUGUUCUCUGGGAAGCACUGUGAACACAGAGAGAACUGUACUUCCACGCCCUGCCCGGAAGGGGGCGCUUGCAUCUCCUCCUCUGAAGGAGCUUCCUGUACCUGCCCACACCCGCACAUGGGGAACAGGUGUGAAAUGGAGGCAAUCGGUUGCUCAGAAGGACACUGCCUAGUCACGCCUGAGAUCAAGAGAGGGGACUGGGGACAGCAGGAGCUCCUGAUCAUCACAGCAGCCACUCUGUUCAUCGUCAUAACCACUGUUGGACUUCUCUUCUACUGCCGCCACUGCAAGUCUCACAAGCCUGUGGCCAUGGAGGACCCAGAUCUCCUGGCCAGGAGUGUCGGUGUUGACACCCAAGCCAUGGCUGCCAUCGAGCUUGACCCCCUGAGCACCAGCUCCUGCCACAACUCGAACCAGCAAGAGCCCAGCAAGGCCGUGGCUCUGAAUGAACUCAUCACUUUUGGGCCCAGCUCGAAGCACCGGCCGGUGGUCUGCAGUGUGCCUCCCAGGCUCCCUCCAGCUGCACUCGCUUCCCACUCUGACCACGAGGCCAUCAUCAAGAGAACCUGGUCAGGCGAGGAAAUGGUGUACCCAGGUGGAGCUGCGGUCUGGCCCCCUUCUUACUCCAGGAAGGAGCACUGGGAAUACCCCUGCUCUGAAGUCACCCAGGGGCCUCUGCUGCCCUCACCUCAUCACCAGUCAACUCCAGCAGGGAUCCCAGAGCCCACUGGCCUCUAUGGGGGCUUCCCCUUCCCCCUGGAGCUGGAAAACAAGCGGGCACCCCUCCCGCCCCGCUACAGCAACCAAAACCUGGAAGAUCUGAUGCCCCCGCACCCGCCGAGUCCCCAGGACCGCCUGCUUGCCCCCUGUCUCAACCAGUACACGGCCAUCAGCUACUACCACUCCCAGUUCCAGCAGGGCGGGGGUGGGCCUUGCCUGGCAGAGGGGGGUUACAAAGGGGUGAGCAUGCGUCUCAGCAGGGCAGGGCCCUCCUAUGCCGACUGCGACGGGGAGGGGGUGUCUCCCGCAGGCAGGGCCCGGUCCCCCGCGCCCCCUAACUAUGAGGGCUCUGACAUGGUAGAGAGUGACUAUGGGAGCUGUGAGGAGGUCAUGUUCUAGCUUCCUGCUCUCAGAGGAAGACGGGUAGCAGGCCAAGACCUUGGUACCUUCUUUCUGUCUUGUAGCGAAAGAGGCCAGUGUGGCUGGGAGCAGGAGGGAAGGCCCCCAUUCCCAGGCUAGGCUACCAUCCCCUGAAAUGUGCUCUUCCAGUCCCCCAGCUGGUCCCCGAGGUGGAGGGAAGCUGAGGGUAGCGCUCCAAAGCCAGCACUAGGGCCCCAGGAGAGUGGCAUGCACAGGGGCAGUUAGCCAGGGAACAGGGAUGGGUGACCUGAGAUGGGCAGGAGACAGGCUGUCUCCCGGACCUGCCACCUCUCCAUCCCAGGAAGGCAGCCUGGAGCUACACAGUGGGCUCUUCCAGGACGCAGACUUGCAGCCGCCCAGAGCUCCCUUCCCGAGGCUGCAGGUUUGUGCCCAAGAGGCAAGCACUAGCCCUCCCACAGAGAUGAGGGUCAUCUGCCACUGAGGGGCCACACGGUGUCCUCCUAGGAGCUGAGAGGCGAGCAGGUAAAAGCCACCAGAGACAUGCCUUGUGCGUGCGUUUCUUGCAUUUUUGUCAAGUGUCUCAGGCACUGUGCUAGGCACCGUGUGAGGGUGGCAAAAGCCCCCAAGGAGUAUCCCAGGUGCUCAGCCUCCCAGAAGCCCAGCUCUUGUCCCCCACACAAGAGGAAUUUGCUCCACCUCUUCAAAUCACACAACUUCCUACCAGCUCAGGCCUGCAGGAUUCUGUGGAGUACCGUGAACUUCUUUGUUGAAGAAUUCAGACCCCACAAAACUCUGGGUUCUUCUUUCCAAGUUUCCCAGGCACUUUUGGCCAAAGGCAAGAAGGAAAUGAUUCAGUUUAAAGAAAAAUUCUAUCGCACUUUUCAACCUUGCUGUCUGAGGACUUUUCCCAAAGGGAUUUUUCUUCUCUAGACACAAGGAACUCAGAACUUCCAUUCUGGGCAAGGUGAAGGGAGGGAGCUGACCAGUGGAUUAUCCGUCCCGGCUGAGCCCUGCCCUUUCCUGCCCCCUCCAGCACAGCUGCCUGCCGAUCAAGUGUUACCUGCACUGACUCAGCCCUAUGCAUGGAGGGUCAAUGUGGGCAUGCAACUACACAUGUGGGCAUCCAUGUACAGUAUGCAUGUACACAUGUGUAGUGUGUAUGUAGCGAGGAGUGGAGGGAGCAGAAGCCAGUGUGGCCUCUGGUGGCCUUGCCACUCCCUCCUCUGGCAGUCCCUCUCCCUAGUCCACUGCCUUUUCACGUGUGCUGUUUGUGGAGAAAAAGAAAUGGAGACUGUUACCCACAGGGCGGCUGCUGCCAGCGAGGGGAGGCUGUGUGGGUGAGGGCGUAGCAGUGUGUGUUGUUUGUGGUUGUGUGAUUGGGAGCAUGAGUGGUAGGAUGUGUGGUUGGCUGGUACUUUUUUUUUUUUUUAACAAUAAAGUAACUUUUUACAGUUA